UUGCCGCGUCCCCGAUGCCUUAUCUCCUCUAUCCUGUGCUCUCUCCCUCUUCUCCACAGCAGCCGCGAGGGGCAACCAGCACAAGGGGCGGGGCAGUAGCAGCGCAAGGGAUGCCUCCACGGCGACGAGCGGUGCGCGACUUCUGCGGCAGCACGCGGCGUCCGUCAAGGCGCGUGCUCCGCGGCAGCACGCGGCCUCCGGCGGGGCGCGGCGGGCGGCGGGCGGCGUCCUCCGCGGGGGCGCGCGGCCGGCGGGGAGCGGCCUCCGCGGCGACGCGCGUGCGGCAGGACUGCGGGACACCUCCAGCGCGUCCCCCUGGCGGCGGCGGUGGCGUGCGGCAGGACUAAUUCACAUUAGCAACUUGCAAUUCGCUUGCAGCCUUGCACAGAGACGCACGCAUAACGCUGCCAUGGCACCAGUGUUGGUGGAGGCGGCCAGCUACCUUGCUUCGGUGGCCUGCGCGUCCCAAUCGAGGAGCUCGAUGCGGUAGGCGGCUGGUGACGCGGCGAACAGCUCACCGUGCGAUGCGACCGGUAGGGUGGCGCGGCGGCUGCGGCUGUGGCCGGCGGGGUGAGGCUCAAGCACAGCGACCAGUAGGGCGGCGCGAGCGCGGCGACCGCGGUGGCGAGAUGCGCGCGCGACGGCAGGCCGGGCGUGGCUUCCUGCGGCCGGUGGGGCGAGGCGCGCCGGCUGCGGCCGGCGGAGCGGGUUGCGGGCGCGGCUGUCAGCCGGCUUCGGCCACCGGCGGCGUGCAGGGCGAGGCGUGGCGGCGGCGGCUGCUGCGGCUAGCGGGGCGAGGCUCCAGCGUGGCGACCGCAGCAGCUGGUGGAGCGCAAGAUUUUCUCUACCGGUAUUUUUAAAAUCUCGGUGAUCACGGUAAACUGGAAUAUAAGAUAUAUCGGAAAUUUAUCGGCGAUACAAAAAAAAUUUCGGACAAAAUUUACAAAAAAACAUUUUUUUUCAAAAAAUCAUGUACAUCAGUUCUAUAUCAUUUUAGAUAAAAAAAGCAAAUAUACACAUUCUAUAAACUAUCAAUUCAAUGAUAUUUGUAUGAAUAGUCCAAUCCUAAAUAUUAUAAAGUCAACCAUAGUGCCAAAUAUUAUAUAAUAUCAGUGCACAAUCUAAAAUACAACAAGCAGCACCAUAAAUGGCAUAAUCUGGUCAUAAAUUAGUCCAUAUCCCAUAGUACUUUCAUGCCAAAUCACUACAAUUUUAGCAAGUAAUACGUAAGAAUUCACACAUCAGAAAGCAUAGUCAGUCAAUUUUAGCAAGCAAUAUGUAAGAAUUCACUACAUAUUUCAGCUAGCAUAGUCGGUCAAUUUCAUGAUAUAAGGGGAAGAAAGGCAUCUAACCUCUUGACUAGUACAAGUUCCCAAUUUUUAGCGCGCGCAGUUUCAAAAUGCCGAAAAUUUUGAGCGGUACCAGCAAAAUACCAGGCCCCACCGGUAGACGGGAGAUUUCGGAAAUUUCGGAAUUUCUCGGCCGGUAGAGAAAACCCUGGUGGAGCGCUAUUUUUUUGUUAUUUAAUUCGAUUUCUAGGGGCAGUUGAUCUCCUCACCCGCCCCUACAAAUUCAUUUCUAGAGGCGGCUAGGGGCAUCACCCGCCCCUGAAAAUAGAUUUGUAGGGUCGGCUGAGGGGGUGGCCCGCCCUGGAAAUGGAUUUUUAGGGAUGGUUUCGUUGUCCGUCCCUGAAAAAGAGGUAUUUUUAGCAGCGAGAACUAGCAACGGAUUUUCUAUCCGCCCCUACAAAUGCUUUUCGUAGUAGUGCAUCUUCACAUGCACUAUGUCUAUAAAGAUCGGAACUUGAUCUGUGGGAACUUCUGCUACAAUUAUAGGGGAUUAGUUUAUAUGAAAGAUGAAAAAUUCAUCUUCACAAGGUAGGUCGGAAUGGGAUGAUAUCUUCAGAUGUUUUUGCUUGCAAACUCAAAUGAGUGACAAUCCUCAUACAUCUUUUUCUCUGAUUAUCUUACUCUUAUUGGUUAUAUUGGGCAAACUAUUGCCCCCAUGCAGUUUGACACUGUUUGUUUUCCAUUAAGUUGGUGUGCUGAGUGCAUGUUUAAUAUGCAAGCGUUCCUCUUCCAUUUAGUUCAAGGACGAAACUGAUUCCUCUGUCCCUGUUCUUUAAUAUCUCCUUUGAUGGUGAAAUUAAUUCUUUGUGAACUGCAUCCCUGAUGCUUACUCCGUGCAUUGUUUAUUUGCCACUCCGAACUAUGGCCCACAGUUUAUUUAUUCCAUAUCAUGAUCUUUGAUCCAGAGGCCGAAUCCUCCAGGAAACAAGAAGCAGCCAGAAUACUUUCAGAUUCAUUGUUUGGUGGGGAGAGACUUUUUUCAUCCCUAAGUGUGGGCAGCACCCCAAUGAAGAUGCUGAUAGAUGAUGAAGUCUCAGUAGAUGUCAGGCAUGCAUCACCCAGUACAUGCGGGAUCUGUUUACAGUUCAUGUCGCCUGGGAGUUAUUGUGACAAAUAUGGUUUCUCUGGAGAUGUUCCACAUAGGAUAAGCACUGAUCAGAUUCCAGAAUUCAAAGAUGUUUUCGAAGUUAUGGAGUCUGCAAGGAUGAAGACUCAGAGCCUAAGUUCUGGAUGCACGAACAUCUGUUCUGGGCCAGACAAGGUUAACAGUGCUGAGAUGAACUUCAUGAGGCAGAAAUUUAUGGAUGCAAAGCGUCUUUCAACUAAGGAAUCUUUUAAGAGAUCGAAAGAGUUUGAUGGUGCACUUGAGGCAUUGGUAUUGAAUAAAGAUCUUUUGUUGGAAUUUCUUAAAAAAUCCAACCAUAUUCCCACGAAAGAUUCUACUGAUAUCAGCCGUUCUCCAUUCUCUGCUGUAAACCGUAUUACCGUGUUGAAACUAUCCAGAAGAAAUAAGUUUGUUGAUGCAGAUAUUAUUUAUCCACCAGAAGAUACUAAAAUGUGUUGCCGUGCACCAGAAGGAGUGAAGCAUUUGUUGACAGCCAAAAUUGACACCAACCGGUCUGACCGAGCGGUCUGACCGGUCGAGGCACUGUGGCC